GAACAAAUUUUACGGACCUAGUGACGUUCUCUCUGAUCCAUGAAAAAUCAUUUUGGCAUUAGGAGGCGACCACUUUCUUUUUGUCAUGAAGGUUCCGUCAUGGAGAACCUUGCUCUUUCUUCUAGUUGUCAUUGUCAACGGUUCGUUGUGUGGGAGCGACAAUCUUGCAGCGAAUCCAGCGACAAACAGUUCUUCUGGCACGAGAAAUACAACGGAGCCAGCAAUGGUAAAUGGUACAACUCCUUCGCCAGUUACGACACAGCUUCCGACAACUACAGUCGCACCAGCAGAGGAAGUUCCCGAGCCACCAGAAGUGGAACAACACAGCUCGAUGACGAUAUUUUUUAUUCUUCUUGUCGUAGCCCUUUGCAUCCUACUAAUCCAUUUCUUGCUGAAGACAAAAUUUCACUACCUUCCUGAAAGUGUUGCCGUGGUGUUUUUGGGUGCACUGGUUGGUAUGGUUAUAAAAGCUUUAAGCCAUUUUGCUCUUGGAGACUGGCGGAAAGAGGAACACUUUAAUCCUACUGCAUUUUUUCUAAUUUUGCUGCCACCAAUAAUUUUUGAAUCUGGUUAUUCACUUCAUAAGGGAAAUUUCUUUGCAAAUAUAGGCUCUAUUAUAGUUUUUGCCAUAUUUGGAACAGCUGUGUCUGCAAUUGUCAUUGGAGGUGGUAUCUAUUUAUUGGGGAAGGGUGGUGUUGCAUUUCAACUUGAUUUAAGAGAGAGCUUUGCAUUUGGAUCACUGAUCUCAGCUGUAGAUCCUGUAGCAACACUGGCCAUCUUCCAUGCCUUGGAUGUUGAUCCAACAUUAAACAUGUUGGUGUUUGGCGAGAGUAUUCUUAAUGAUGCAGUCUCUAUUGUCAUGACCAAUACCAUUCUUGAAAUGGGGGCUGCAAAAUAUGCAGAGAGCAGUUCUUUUGAGACCUUCUUUUCAGCUGUGGGGAAUUUUCUAGUCAUGUUCUGUGGAUCAGCAGGCAUUGGAAUAUUGUUUGCGCUGAUAAGUGCUUUGCUUUUGAAGCAUGUUGAUUUACGCAGCACUCCAUCUUUAGAACUUGGUACCAUGCUGAUAUUCUCUUAUGCACCUUAUGGCUUAGCAGAAGGUCUUAAACUAUCAGGCAUUAUGGCUAUUUUGUUCUGUGGCAUUGUCAUGUCACACUACACCCAUUUUAAUUUGUCUCCCAUGACACAGAUUACAGUGCAACAGAUUUUCCGCACAACAGCCUUCAUGGCAGAGACAUGUGUAUUUGCUUAUCUAGGAAUGGCAAUUUUUAGCUUCAAACAUCAGUUUAGACCAGCAUUUGUCAUAUGGACUAUUAUUCUUUGUUUAAGUGGACGAGCAGUGAACAUUUUCCCGCUGUCCUCUCUUGUAAAUCAGUUUAGAGAUGUCAGAAUUCCAAGGAAGACACAAUUUAUCAUGUGGUUUAGUGGUUUGCGUGGUGCUGUGGCGUUUGCUCUUGUUCUUCACCUUCAGUUGGAUGAUGAAAAGCGCCAUGUUCUUAUCACAUCUACACUCAUUAUUAUUAUGUUCACAAUUCUCUGUUUAGGAGGAUCAACUCUUCCCUUAUUAAAGUUUUUAAAGGCCGAUCAAGGGUUGGAAAAAGGUUUAACACUCAGUAAAACACAAACAGAGGGUAAAGCAGUAGAUGCUGACCAACUAACAGAUGAUGAGUGGAGAAUAAGCAGCAGAAAAGCCCUCAAAGGCUUUACACGGCUCGACGCUAAAUAUUUUAUUCCAUUCUUUACUAGAAAGUUCACAAGAAAGGAGGUCCGCGAUGCGCACGAAGAGAUGCAGCGGCUAACAAGUCAGUUAUACAGCGAGGUACACAGCGACCUGGCCUCUGAGGACGACGAGGCAGAGAGCAGACUGUAAGAACAGAAGAAUGAGGAGACGUUUGUCCUUGUAAAGUCUUUGGUCAUAGACUUGAGAAAGGCGCGAAUUCCAAAGAGUCACCGUCGACUUUUUUGAGGGUUUCCCUUGGAAAAGAACACGUAGUGUCUCAAAAGAGAAUUGGAAAAUUCUCGUGUGGAGGUGACGCUGGUAAAUGGUUGGGCACAACUUGAAGCACAAACCUUAGCCUUACAGCUGACAGCGUUCCUGUUUUAUUGCUGUAGUCAUUUAGUGAGCCAUUUCGAAGUAAACAAACUCAAUAUUUGGUAGAUUUUUCGGCCAGUUUAUGGCAGACGUGACUUAGUUUGCCAGGCUGGCUAAGUGGCGUACUAAGCUGUGGCCGGUAAAUCUGGUAAAAACCGUUCUCACAGGACAGGAUUGUGCUCCGCGCCAUGUUAAGAUAGCGAACCCACAAUACUUUCACAAUUGAGCCCAACAAGAGAGAAAAAUUGAAUAGAAUUUUCACAGCCUACAUCAAGUUUGUAGGUUUUGCUAUCAGUAGAGUUUUAAUAUAUCAGAAUCUAUCUGUUGGCCAGGGAGUGUAUUUUGAUCAUUUUAUAAGCCUGGUUCACACUAGUGCAAUAAUGACAGAUGAAGCAGUAUAAAAAACAGAUCAAGUUUUUCUCAUGUUUUUCCUUGGCGCGGGAACGUGAAGUUGGCUUGACUUUUCUUUUAUGUUAUGCUUAUGUCAUUACAUUCCUGCUUUGUUGUUACGUUGUGUUGUUCGUACCGGCGGAAAAUGCCAGACGUUGCCGCUAUUUCGCUAGUGAAAACAAGGCUUUAGAAACAUGGUUUUACGUAACUUAAAAUAGUCAACAUGGCUGUUAUUUAUCGUGAAGGAAAGUGAAGUUAUUUCAGAACUAAAUUAUCGCUAAUGGCUGGUUCAUUAGCUGAUCCAGUAAAGAAACGGCCUGUCAGUGUAGGGCCGGGUUGUUGGAAAGCCGGUUAACGCUAACCCAGGAUUAAAAGUUAACCGAAGUAUUAAUUUUUCUUGUAU